AUGGACUUCUCUCUGGGCCUCCGCUUGGGGCCUCGGAAGAAGAAGGCUACCUACCAGGAGCCCCCUCCGUACUCCGGGCAUGGACCUCCAACCGCCUCUCCCUGCUUGUCCUGUCCCCCUUCCGCCUGCCCCGGCCCCUGCCCCGGCUGCCCCCCUCCCACCUGCACGGCUUGCCCCUCCUUCGCAGCUCCCUGCCCUUCCUGCCCAGGGCUCCCUGGCCCGCCCUGCACCUGCCCUUGCCCUCCUUGCCCUCCUUGCCCUGCCUGUCCUCAGUCCGCCUGUUCCCGUACCUACUGCGUGCCCUGCUCAGCCGCCCCUCUGACCUGCGGCCACCCCUCGCCUUGCUCCGUUUGCCCCUGUGCUGCGGGCCAAAGCGCCUGUCGCGGCCCGGGCUGCUGCAGCGGCCACAGCUGCGGCCGCGGCGUCGCCCGCGGGCCUCGGGGCUCCACAGGCUGCUGCAGCCUCUGCUCCAGGAGGCAGGGGGCUUCUCCAGGGCUCUGCCUGCUGCUCUAGGCCGGGAGGGCGACCAGGUGGUUCAGCUGGCCCUGGGGCUGUGAGUACAGGCGAUGGAGUCAGAGGAGCGCUGACCGCGGGGGGCAGGGGACCACUCCUUGGACAUUAGUCUCCGGGCGCGUUCCUGCUGGCUGCAGAACCUCCUCCUCUGCAGUUUCUGGAGAGUGUCCCCGGAGCGUUCUCUGCAGCCCUUAGUGGAACCUUCGGCCCGGAUGUUUUGUGCUGGAAAAUUCUAAGCGUUCGCUUAGCCUCAUGACCUCAAUCUUGCAGCAGUAAUCCUGUCACUGUCUGAGACAGCCAAGCUCAUCUGUCUCAGGCUCUCAGUGGUCCUGGCACACAUGGGUGUGUGCCCCUGUGCCUAGCUGACUCGGGAGAAUAGUGAUGUCAUUGUCUGAGUCCACUGAUGAAGCUCAGCAUCACUAAACGUGACAGCACCAGGGGGUUUCCUGCUGUCGUGAUGCCGUCCGACCCACUCAGCACUACCUGGAAGAGAUCCUGGACAAGAAGCAAACAGAACGCUCAACAUGACUAACUCAAACCCCAGUGCUGUCUUUCGUGCGCACGCGUGUUCGUGGGUGUGCAUACCCUGUGUGAGCGGGCAGGUGCUCCUGGAGGCCGCAGGCUAACCUUGGGUUUGUUCCUUAAAGCAACGUCCAUCUUGAUUUUGUUUUUCAAAACACAGUCUCUCACUAGGUCCUGUCUCUGUAUCUCUGGCUCCGAAAUUACACUCUUGCUACCACGCCCACAAUUUUCACAGGGCUUUUGAGGAUUAAAUUCACAUCAAGUUUGUGUGUCAAGCAAGUGCUUUACCUACUGAACUAACUCACUCCUCGGCCCCUUAUUUAAUGAGAAAUCCAGGACAUGGGAAACAUAUUAAAUGACACAAGGAGGAAGUAAGCGGACUCCGGCGAAGUGUGGGCGAUUUUAAAGAGAAAGUGACCCAGUUACCUGGAUAGGUCCAACCAAGGCUGUCGGGGAAGGACAGGGGACUCAAGCACAGCUACAGCUGAGAACACUUCGAAACAGCCCAGAGCUGCGUGCCUGGGCCUGAGGCUGUGGGUGUGGACGACCACGUGAACACGUGGGUCUCUUUUUGUUCCAGAUCUGGGCAUGCCAACUAUAAAAUGUUAUUUUAGAGGUUGAGGAAAUUUAACUGUAGGCUGGGUUGUAGUUCUUCCUUGUGCGACAGGAUCUGCUCACACAGCCCUGGUGGUCUGGAACUCACUGUGUAGCUCUAGCUGGUCUGAACUCAGUGAUCCACCUGCCUUUGCCUCUCCAGUGCUAAGACUGUGUGUUGCCAUUCCCAGCAAGUGCUUGUUCUAAAAUGUACUUAACGUUUACCUGGGUGUGUGUGUGUGUGUGUGUGUGUGUGUGCGCGCGCAUGCGCGCGUGCAUUUGCGCGUGUGUAUGUGCAUACCGCGCAUGUGGAAGUCAGAGGCUGUUUUUCGAGCCUAUUCUCUGCUUCCACAGCGGGUGUCCGGACAAAGCUUGGGAUGUCAGGAUUGGGGGCAGGCCCUCAGCCGGGAGCCAUCCUCCUGGCUCUGGACUGAGUCUUUAGGAUAACAAGGAGUCAGUGCUAAUUCUGUUGGCUGUCAACAUGGCUCAGGUUGUGUCCCGAGGCUGCAGACAGAGCAUGGAGUAAAACAUUCUACUUAAUCUGAAGUAUUCCAGUGGAGAAGGCAGAGGAAGCAGCAGUGACAGACUCCAUGAUUGCUGGGUUAAAUGUGUGUAGGACCAUGGAAUUAUGUGUUCUACAUUUGAGUAUGUUUGAACAUCUUUUAAUUUACUUUUAUUUUAUGUACAUUGCUGUUUGCCUACAAGUAUGUCUGUGUGAGAGUGUCAGAUCUUGGCACUACAGACAGCUGUGAACUGCCAUGUGGGUGCUGGGAUUUGAAUCUGAGCCCUCUGGAAGAGCAGCCGGUGCCCUUAACUGCUGAGCCAUCUCUCCAGCCCCAUGUUUGAACAGUUUAAUA